GGGAAAGUCGGCGCUUUCUAUUCAAUUCAGCACCGGUGUAGUUCACAACAUUUCGUCCCCUUAGCUCUUUAAAACCGACAUCCCUCAUCCACACGGCCGGCUGGCUGAGGAGGAUGACCGGUAAAACUCAGACCAGCAACGUGACCAACAAGACUGACCCACGCUCACUCAACUCCAGAGUCUUCAUCGGCAACCUCAACACAGCAGUGGUUAAGAAGACAGACAUUGAGGUCAUCUUUGCCAAAUAUGGCAAGAUCAUCGGCUGCUCAGCGCACAAGGGCUAUGCUUUUGUUCAGUAUGCCAAUGAGAGAAACGCUCGUUCUGCGGUUGCUGGGGAGAAUGCGAGGGUCAUCGCUGGACAGCCUCUGGACAUUAACAUGGCUGGAGAGCCCAGACCUUAUAGGGCCAAGAUAGGGUCCAAACGACCACUUCCCUCUCUGUACAGUGGGUAUGACUUUGACUAUGACUACUACACAGAUGACUUCUACAACAGAUUAUUUGACUUCCACAGGCGGCUGGCGCACCACCCUCGGGCAGUGAUCCCUGUCAAGCGCACUCGUUUGGUGCCCCCCUCCGUGCGGCGGGUGAAAACAUCUCUCCCUUCCAGGACUUCUUCCUCCUCCUCAUCCUCCUCUACCUCUUCCUCUGCCUCCUCUCCUUUGAAACAGUUGAGCUGUGGCUCCGCAGACGGGGCCCCCAGGCUGAAGAUAGACCAGCUCCUGAGCAUCAAGCGGGAGCUCUCUCAGAUCAAGACCAAGGUGGACUCUUUACUGGGCCGCCUGGAGAAGAUGGAGCGACAGCACUGUACCGACACAGAGUCGCAGAGGAAGCGCGAUGAUGCCUACCAGCCACUCCACAAGCAGCACAUCUCCGACUCCGCGGAACAUUCCGGAGACGACGUGGAGCCAGGGCACCUGGAGGGAGAGACGGAGGAAAUGGCCGAUGCUUGCAGGGACUACGAUUAUGAAGGCAGCAGUGAUAUGGUGGAGAACCACAUAUCAGACAUAGACAUUUGAAAAAGAUCAUAGAAGACCGUGAAGGCAUUAAGUGACAGGUUGCGUCUGCAUGCACGACUGGCUCUUUGCCGUUGACAGGAGCGUGAGGAAUAAAGGAAGAAUUGAGGGGAAAUCAUCUUUUUUUUUCACCUAGCCAGACAUUCCAAAGUGAGGUAACAUGCUAUUCUACAGGGGUGAAUCUUAAAAUAAACCUCAUGACAGCAGAUGAUGUGUUUUUUUGUGACUGUGUGCUCAACUGCUAUUAUCGUUUUGCUUACCCCAUGAAAUGAAAGACCAUGUUUUUAUGCUGAAGUUUUGAUGUCCACUAAGAGGCCAUGUUUUUUUCUGCUCUCGUGUCUUUUUUUCCUAUUCUUGGGUUUUCAAGGGGAAAUAUUAUGUCAAGAAAAUAAUCUUUAACUCUUAAUGAUUAAAAAGUCAAACCUCAUAACUGAGUGUGAGUGCUCUUUCCUAGUUAUUGUUAUGAAAAGCCAAACGGAACCUCAUUUUAUUUUUUUGUCUGUUUUCUAUAGCCAUUGUUUCUGCCACAGGUCAUUUGAAUAAGCCUAUU